AUGACAAAAUCAACUAAUUCCCUCCAACUAUUUGCAUGGCUUCUAAUUUGUUUUGUUUUUACCUUGGUAGCUGGUAAAUCAAGUCAUGAAGAUCCAACCAAAUCACUACAUGAUUAUCUUCCAAGUUAUUAUCCUCAGCCUCACAAAAAUGGCCUCCUCAAUGUCAUCGAUUCAUGUUGGAGAUUGAAAGGCGAUUGGUCGUCAAAUCGGAAGGCUUUAGCGGAUUGUGCAUUAGGCUUUGGAAGUAGUACCAUAGGAGGUAAAAAUGGUGACAUCUAUGUAGUCACUGACCCUUCUGAUGACCCUGUAAAUCCUAAACGAGGCACACUUAGAUAUGCUGCAAUUCAGUCCGAGCCACUUUGGAUCAUUUUCGAAAGGGACAUGGUGCUUACACUGGAGAAUGAACUUAUGGUGAAUAGUUACAAGACUAUAGAUGGCAGAGGUGCAAAAGUUGAGAUUUCUAAUGGUCCAUGCAUCACAUUGGACUAUGUCACAAAUGUCAUUAUUCAUGGGAUUAGCAUCCAUGAUUGUGAGGCUGGUAAAAAAGGCAUGGUUAGGAGUAGUCCUGAACAUGUUGGUGAAAGAUUAGGCUCUGAUGGUGACGCCAUCAGUGUGUUUGGAUCAUCAAAUGUUUGGAUUGAUCAUUGCUAUCUUGCUCGUGCAACGGAUGGCCUACUCGAUGUUAUUCAUGCUUCAACUGCAGUAACCAUCUCCAACAAUUACUUCACUGAGCAUGACAAAGUUAUGUUAUUGGGCCACAACGAUGAAUAUACUGCAGACAGAAUCAUGAAAGUCACAGUAGUUUUCAACCAUUUUGGCCGUGAACUAGUUCAGAGAAUGCCAAGGGUUAGGUAUGGGUAUGCUCAUGUGGCCAACAAUUAUUAUGAUCAAUGGUUAAUGUAUGCCAUUGGUGGGAGUGCAAAUCCAACAAUAUUCAGUGAAGGAAAUUAUUUCAUUGCUCCUGACAAAGCUUACAACAAAGAGGUCUACAAACAUGAAACUACUUUGUUCUUAAAUUGGAAAGCACAAACUUAGCAAUUGUAAACAAAAAAGUAACUUAUACCAAUGCCAUUGCCGUUACUGUAUAUAGAUGAUUAACGUUAGCCAUUAUAUAAAUUACAGGUCACCAAGAGGGAAACUCAAGAAGAAGGAUGGAAGAGUUGGAAAUGGAGGUCCUCCAAGGAUGUGUUUUUGAAUGGAGCAUAUUUUAUUCCAUCUGGAUAUGGAAGUAUUGCUCCAAAAUACACGAGAGAACAAUCAUUCAUUGUUGCUCAAGGAUCUUUAACCCCUUCUUUAACUUCCAAUGCUGGUCCUCUUCAAUGUGUUGUCAAUGAACCUUGCUGAUACUGAAUUUCUUCUUUCCGCCUUUUCCUAUCACCAUUCUUUUAAUGCCUCAAAGUAUACAUAAUAUCUUGGAAUUACACAUGUUUAAUAUGUAAUUCACGUGUACCAUAGUUAGCAAGUUCAAGAAAGAUUCAGGCUUUAGGGGUUUGUGUUUCUUUGAGAUACAUAUGGAGAAAGUUGUAUUCCUUACAUAGCUCAUGCACAAUUUGUUUUGUUCAGAAUGAAAUGGAUUUUGAUGGGUGUUAUAUAAUGUCAAAAGGAGCAAAUUUUUAACGCAUAUUGAAUUGCUAAUGCUUCUAUCUCUGCUAGCAAGAGUACUAGUGGCAACAGAAGUUUAAGUUCGAAAUU